AAAAGCCCUGCAGCACUCAGGCAGAAACGCCUCUUGUCUCAAGUCCCCGCUGUCACUUUCUGGGCCCCCCCCUGGCACUGAGGCAGAAGACAGAAAGAGCUGGGACCUCUUUAUUGGCCAGAGGCACUCCUAAGCUUGGGCAUAAAUAGGAUCUCAGGGGCUCUGUCCUACAACUGACAGUCCAGCAGGCUGCCCCGCUGCUCCUGCCAGGUGAUGGAAAACGGGAGUGUUUCCCUGGGCAGAGCUCUUUGGGCCUUCCUCCUGGCCAUGCUAGGCUCUGCCACAGGCCAGCCGCUGGGGGGAGAAUCGGUCUGCACAGCCCGGCCCCUGGCUAGAUACAGCAUCACUUUCACCGGCAAGUGGAGCCAGACAGCCUUCCCCAAACAGUAUCCUCUAUUCCGGCCCCCUGCACAGUGGUCCUCCCUGCUGGGGGCGGCUCACAGCUCUGACUACAGCAUGUGGAGGAAGAACGAGUACGUCAGCAACGGGCUGAGGGAAUUUGCCGAGCGUGGUGAGGCCUGGGCACUGAUGAAAGAGAUCGAAGCUGCCGGAGAGAAGCUCCAGAGUGUGCAUGCUGUGUUCUCAGCUCCCGCAGUCCCCAGUGGAACCGGGCAGACCUCUGCAGAGCUAGAGGUGCACCCCAGGCACUCGCUGGUGUCCUUCGUGGUACGCAUUGUCCCCAGCCCUGACUGGUUUGUGGGCGUCGACAGUCUGGACCUGUGUGAGGGGGGCCGCUGGAAGGAGCAGGUGGUCCUCGAUCUUUAUCCUCACGAUGCAGGGACGGACAGUGGCUUCACCUUCUCCUCCCCCAACUUUGCCACCAUCCCACAGGACACAGUGACAGAGAUAACAUCCUCAUCACCCAGUCACCCAGCAAACUCAUUCUACUACCCACGCCUGAAGUCCUUGCCUCCCAUUGCCAAAGUGACCUUUGUGCGGCUACGGCAGAGUCCCAGGGCCUUUGCCCCACCUUCCCUGGACCUGGCCAGCAGGGGCAAUGAAAUUGUCGACAGCCUCUCAGUUCCAGAGACACCGCUGGACUGUGAGGUUUCCCUCUGGUCAUCCUGGGGACUGUGUGGAGGACCAUGUGGAAAGUUGGGAGCCAAGAGCAGAACUCGUUACGUCCGUGUUCAACCUGCUAACAAUGGGACCCCCUGCCCUGAGCUUGAAGAAAAGGCUGAGUGUACCCCUGAUAACUGUGUCUAAACCCAGACUCCAGUAACCAGCCCUUAGGGUCCUCUCAAGUCUUGGACUCAGAUCCGGGCCACAAAUGUUCCCGGGAGGCACAUGCAGACAGGGAGAGGAGCUGGGGCAGUUUUGCACCAUUUCCCACCAUGGUUGGGCUGAUGAAUGCUCUGGACACAGAGGUCCUCAGUGGCAGGUAAGAGACAGGCUGCUUCUCCCACCGUGUGGUCCCUGAGGCUCCUGGUCUGUUUUCCACAAUGUCCCAUGUAACUUAUCACUGUGGCGAGAGGCUGCCGUCGAUGCAGAGAGCAGGCACGCCGAAAACAGGCAGAGGAUGCGGUAAGCCUGUGAACCCCACAACCACACUGCUGUCAGAUACCUCAGGCCCACUGCACCACUGCACCUGCCCCUGGAGGCCAACAAUGCAGCUUCACACCGCUCGUGGCUUCAAAGAGGAGUGGCCACAGGAGAAACAGAUGAAGGGGGCAGUUUGGGGAACUUGGUCCUCUUCUGUCACCAAUCCCUUUGCAUUUGAAUAAAGGUUGAG